AUGACUUCAGGAGAUGUUCCACUCGUCUCACCUCCUCAUCAGGUAGUAGAAGAGUUUUCUGUCUCUGAUCUUUGUUCAAUGUCAUCAAAAUUCCUCCUAUCAACUUCACAAGCGGCGCCUCACUCGACGACAGACACGACUCCAAAUGGAUCUCCUGCGUCUUUACUCGUAACGUCUUUCAUACAUCAAAAUGCGCAACAAGUGUUACAAUGUCAAGAGUCAGUGGAAAUACCUCAAAUAACGUCCUAUGACCGAUCAAUAAAGAACGAAGCGUCGAGUUAUAUACAGAGUGAUACAGGUGGGAAGGAGACGCCAAUUCUUAUCGAUAGUGACGACAGUACAGCUCAGAUAGAAGUUUAUAGUGGUAAUUGGGACACUACAAAUGAGACAAUUGAGACAGGACAGAAAAGUACGCAAAAGAAUCGGAGAACUAUGGAGCAAAAGAAUACGGACAAAAUGUGGUUUGAUGUCCUACCCAUAGUGCUGCAAAACAUCAAGAUGUACGACCGAGAGCAGAUCAGACAACUCAUGCUGCCGCGGUGUGUACAGUGCAAACGUAGCAAUAUUGAACAAAAAGCAAGUACUCGAUGCAAACAAAAAGGUUGCAUUGUAUUGGACUGUCCUAUGUGUUUGGCAUGCUGGAAUUCAUAUCAUGGGUCAGUGGGAGCGCGAAAACAUUGUCGUCAACAUUCUGCAGCUUGUCCGCUGUGUCAACUCGAUUUGAUUGCGUAUUGGUGUGCAGAGUGCGACUUGAAAUUCUGCAGAAAGUGCUUUGAGCACAUUCACAGCGUGUUUGCGACUAAACACCAUCGCAAAAUUGCUACAGAAGAUGCUCCCGGAACCUGCCUAGCAACGUCUCAUUGGUCUCAUGGUUUUCGCGAUGCAAUUGUCAACAUGAUUGCAUCUCGAAAACAAACGACGAAAGAUAACAUUGAUGGUAGCAGCAUUGGUGCAAAACGGAAGCGCAAGAUUGAAGCAAUCGUUAUCGAUGACGAUGAUGAGGAGGAAGAAAACACCGUAACCCAAAGCGUGCAACCUAAUCUAACGCCUACUGGCGGAACUACCGACCGAGUGAUUAACAGCUGCGGAUUUGCAGCGAGCCAGCAAAAUGGCAGCAGUGUAGGGGCAAAAACUGGAUUCACUCGAUCAAGUGAGGCGUAUUUUCAACCGUUGCAGGACUUCUCAGUUAAUACAUAUUGUCUGGCGUCACUUUCCCAAACCUCGAUGAACGAGCCCAUUUCUCGUCCCCAAAAGCCUACGGCAACGAUAUCAAUACCACGAGCAUCGGUUUUACAACAGACAAGCUCAGGGUAUAGCACAGCUCGAGCAUCGGGUGUACAACAGACCAGCUCAGUGUUCAGCACAUCUCCAGCACCGAACGGCGCCAACACUGUCAAUAUUGGCACGAGUGUGGGGGGCAUGCAGUGGGAUGCCAGUAAUUUUCAAUACGGAGCUUCAUUACAGAGAGGAAGUAGUGGUAACACCACCUACGUGACCAGUGUUACAGGCAAUGGGAUGAUGCAGCUGGCACAUAGCUCCACACCGACUGUUGUUGACACCACGAGCGUAUCGUGUUCAACACCGUCUGCCAUCAGCAUGGAUUUGGCAAACACAUUCAAUGUUAACGAUUUUCUACCGGUCGGGGGCGCGGUUUUUGCGGAGAACGCGCUAAUUGACUCAUUAGUGGACCGUUAUCAUGAAGUAAAUCAGAACGUAAUAGCUAUGGAGCUACAAAGUGAGCAAUAUAGCAAGCAGAUAGCAAUUGCAACGUGUCAGGGACCGUUUAAUGCAAGACCCUUAGUGACUUUGUUGAGCAAGUUGGAGCCUGUGUUAAACGCUGCAAGAAAGCGACGCGACCAGCUUCUUAUCGCGAUCAUUAUCCAGUCCAACGAUAUCAUGUCGUCAGUACGUCUUCUUCGCCUUGCCGAACUUGGUGAUGUACCGCAGGUCCCCAUUAUAAGUCAUCGUAAAUGUUUGCAGAUAUCAAACCAGAUCAAUCAGCACAGGAAGAAUCUCGUUGGACUGUAUCAGCAGUUAAACGAUACGCUCAAACAUUCGAGCGCAAUCAGCUCGAGCUGGGAAAAUCGACUUAUUCAAACCACCAACGCCGGUAUCCAGAUGAACGAGACGAAUAUCAACAAACUGAAGAAAGCUCGCAAGGUGGAGUUCGUGCGAAUUGUGCAAUUUAGCUUUAGUAUCCGUGAAGCGCUAAAGCACGCGUUUCAACGCGUUGUUGAGAUUCAGCGCCAGCAUCUGCAGCAACAACAACAACGACAAUUUCAGCCGUCUAGAUAG